GCGUGGCGAGGAAACCAAUUGGUUCGCAAGGGAGCUGCGGCAGCCAUUGGCCGUCGGGGCCCUUCGAUGGCGCUUCCGCGGUUGCUUUUCCUUUGGGCGGCCGUAACGGCAGCGGCAGCCGCUGCUAAUUCCCGGCCUUUGUGGGAAUGGGAGGCGAUCGCCCGUUUGCAGCCGGGGGCGGAAGAGGCGCGCCAGGCAACAGCGGUGUGGGAGCUGCGGGAGCGGCUUCUGGGCCCGAGGGCAGCCUCCGCCUUCGCGGUGCCCGUGAACCGGUCUUUGGCCGGGCCUGGCGGUCUCGACACUUACCGGCUGAGCUCGGAGGCGCCGGGCACGGUAAACGUCUCUGGCUCCAGCGGAGUGGCCGCCGCCUCGGGGAUCUACCAUUACUUGAAGGACUUCUGCGGCUGCCACGUCUCCUGGUCCGGGACGCAGCUCCGACUGCCGGAGAGUUUGCCGCCGGUCUCCGCAGAGAUCGUCGUCACCAGUCCCAACAGGUUCCGCUUCUAUCAAAAUGUCUGCACUUACAGCUAUUCCUACGUGUGGUGGAACUGGGACCGCUGGGAACAGGAGAUUGACUGGAUGGCACUCCAUGGCAUUAACAUGGCACUGGCAUUCACUGGGCAGGAAGCCAUCUGGCAGCAGGUGUAUUUGUCCCUGGGUCUAAACCAGUCAGAAAUUGAUGAGUACUUCGCUGGCCCUGCUUUCCUGGCUUGGAACCGGAUGGGGAAUCUGCACACUUGGGCAGGACCACUGCCCUUCUCCUGGCAUCAGAAACAACUGAAUUUGCAGUACAGGAUCCUAGAGAGAAUGAGGUCUCUGGGUAUGUUGACAGUGCUGCCUGCCUUCUCUGGGCAUAUCCCCCAAGGCAUUUUAAGGGCUUUUCCACAGGUCAAUGCCACACGGCUGGAGAGCUGGAGUCACUUUGAUUGCACCUAUUCAUGUGCUUACCUCUUGUCGCCUGAAGAUCCCAUGUUUCAGGUCAUAGGGACCCUCUUUCUAAAGGAGCUGAUCAAAGAGUUUGGUACAGAUCAUGUAUACAGUGCUGACACCUUCAAUGAGAUGCACCCACUUUCAUCAAAUACCACCUAUCUCUCCAAGAUCAGCGCAGCUGUCUUCCGCUCCAUGACAGGAGCUGACCCCCAUGCCAUAUGGCUGAUGCAAGGUUGGCUUUUCCAACACCAGAGAGACUUCUGGCAACCUGCUCAAGUUAAAGCCCUCCUUCAAGGUGUACCUAUAGGCAGGAUGGUGGUGCUGGACCUCUUUGCUGAAUCUAAGCCUGUCUACCUCUGGACUGAAUCCUUCUAUGGGCAGCCCUUCAUUUGGUGCAUGCUUCACAACUUUGGUGGGAACCAUGGCCUUUUUGGCACAGUGGAGAGCAUCAACCAGGGUCCUUUUGAAGCCAGACGUUUUCUCAACUCUACUAUGAUUGGCAUUGGCCUCACCCCUGAAGGUAUUGAACAAAAUGAUGUGAUAUAUGAGCUCAUGACAGAUUUAGGUUGGCUCGAGGAGCCAGUAAAUCUACAACAGUGGGUUGCUACAUACACUACAGAGCGCUACGGUGUCAAAAACAUGCAAAUAAUAAAGGCCUGGCAGCUGCUUUUCCAGAGUGUCUACAAUUGUUCAGGGCCUUGUGUAAAUCACAACCACAGCCCCCUUGUUCGCCGUCCUUCUUUUCGGAUGAACACAGAGCUCUGGUACAACAAGAGUGAUGUCUAUGAAGCCUGGCAGCUGUUUCAAAAUUCUUCUGGUGAACUUGGCAACAGCAGCACCUUCUGCUAUGACCUGGUGGAUGUGGUACGUCAGGCUCUGCAACAGCUAGUGAGUGAUUACUACUUGGAAAUCAAACAGGCUUUUCAGAGACGUGUGCUAUCACAACUCCUGAUAACUGGUGGUGUUCUGAUCUAUGACCUUCUUCCAGAACUAGACAGUCUCCUCUCCAGUGAUAGGCAUUUUCUGCUGGGGAGCUGGCUGGAGGCUGCCCACAAAAUAGCCACCAGCAAAAAGGAGGAACAGUUGUAUGACUUCAAUGCACGCAACCAGCUGACUCUUUGGGGACCUGAUGGCAACAUUUUGGACUAUGCCAACAAACAGCUUGGAGGGCUGAUGCUGGACUAUUAUAGAACGCGUUGGAACCUUUUCAUUAUCACCUUGGUGAAAUGCCUCAAUUCUGGAACACCUUUUCACCAGGAUCAAUUUAACCAAGCUGUCAUCAAAGUAGAAAGGGGAUUUAUCUACAAUGGAAAACAGUAUCCAACAAAGGCUACUGGCAACACGCUAGAGAUAGCUACAAAGAUAUUUCUCAAAUAUUACCCCUCUGCUAUGAAGUAUAGUCACUUGAUGGCAGUAUGAUGGAGACAUGCUAUUCUCAGUAUAACUCUUUGGGUCAUCGAUUCCAGCUUUGUACUAAUCUUGUGUUGGUUUUCUGAGAAAACUGAUUUUUUAAUAUAGGUUCCAAUGUUCAAGUAGAACUAGAACUAUAUGGGAGAAAAGACUAGUGUUCAGCUGUCAGAAAAAGAGAUACAUCAGGCUGUGCACAAAAUGAGUGCUAUUGGCUUGGAUAGAUGAUCCCAAGACCUUCUUGUUUGGCUCCUCCUUAAGACAACCUAUAUCCCUACUUAGCCAUCUUUCUCCCUAUAGAUCAUUCUAUGCAACUACGACCAGUGUGGUUUUGCUCCUCUGAAAACUUGUGUAUAGAGGAAAUCGCUCAUGAUUCUGCAAGACCUCUAUAAGCAAAGCCAUACUGUAUUAGUUUUGUGUGAAAAGUCAGACUGGGGUAAUGAAGGGUCCUGGAACUAAAAAACUAUAGAGAUAUAUUUUCCUGUGCCCCUUAUGGCUAUAAUUAUGAAAGAGAAGAUGCACACUGAUUCCAGUGCUUGCUGAGACUUCCAGUGCUUCUAGGAUGCUCUUCCAAUAGCUUGGAGUGUGGAGGGAAGGUAAUGUUGCCAUUCUAGAAUCAUGGAGCUGGCUUAUAGAGGGUUUUGGGAUGAACCAAUGUUGCUUCUUCAUGGACUUGGAAAUACUUUAGGGAGAGUACCCAAACUGUCCCCACUAGUUGCCUUCCAGAUGUGUAGGUCCACAAUUCCCAUUAUCCUCUCAUUAUGGAGCAUGUGAUAAUAUUUAUAUGGUCUAACUGAUCAGUUGGGAAAGACUGACUCAUCUAGUUAAGACAAUUUCCCCAAACCUCUUCUGAGUUCUUAGUCCAUGUGUUUUGUUAUUUUCCUGCCUGUCAUAAUCUUCCACAGUUCUUACUCUUCCUGAGUGACAGUUAUAUUUACACCCACACAGAUACAUAUAUAUCAUAAAGUCUAAUCUCUGUAAUGAUUUCUGGGUUUCAUUACUGUACAGAUGUGCCCUCUUGUGGUCAGAGAGGGGCAAAAUGAAGACUUGGUGUACUGUACUUCAAAGGAUAUGUAGUAAGGCUGUCCUAACCCUUCUGUUUAAAGGCAAAAAGAUGCUUUAGAGCACUACGUCUUUUCCUGUAAUCACUUGGCUGCCCUUUUCAGCUGCAGCACAAUCUCAGGAAAAUAAAUGUUUGGCUUAAGGAGCUGCAGAUACAUACUGAUACAUCUCAAAGCACCUUUCUGGCUUCAAAUCCAAACUGCUGUUCACACACUUUUUACAAGGCUUGUGGGCCUGCUUCAGAUCUAUUCCUGGCUCUCUCCAGUAUUCAGCCACUACAUUUAGUGUACUGUUUCUUAUGGCUUAAUAUGCUGUGCAGAUUCAGCUAACUCUGGUUUAUUUAAAAAAUUGUUAAACAAUUGAUACCUUAGUGCAAGUGUGAACCAGGUCACUGUUUCCCACAUCAAUUCUAGAAUGGUUACCUAAAGUGGGUCUGAAGGAAGAUAAGCAUAUGCCUCACAUCCCCGUUGUGUUUAAUUUUCCCACAUGUGGAUAUUUUUUCUUGGUUUCUGUUGGGAGCUGGGUAAAAGGAGUUCAAUCCAAAGAAAUUCUUGAAAGGAAAAUGUAUUCCCUCAGAUACUGAGAUAAGUAUUUAAAACAAGGACAAUUUUUUUUUUUUUUUUUUGCCAAGAUAGAAUUGAACCAGUUGUGCUAUAAGAAUUAAAACACAUUGCUUAAGUUCUAAUCCAACUGAAUCUAUAUGUUGCAGAGAUGUAGGAUUUCAAAAAAUUCAAGAAUCUAUGUGGGAAAAUGCUAACAUAUAUUAGGAAUAUAUUUGGCAUACAUUAAAUAGGCAUAAUCAGUCUCUUAAUCUGAGCAAUUACAGUUGUUAACUUCUAAUGGAAGCAAGACUUGGAGAAGGGCUAUAGCUUGGUCAUAAAGCAUAUACUUCUCAUGCUAGAAUUCUCAUGUUUAAUCCCUGGUAUUUCAGGUCUGGAUUUGUCAGAAAUCCUGAAGAGCAGUAGUCACUGUAGAAAACACAUGGUUUAAUGAUCUGUUUGAAUAGGCAAUUUCCUACGUAACUAAGACUUUGUAAUUUAGGCUAUUCCCUCAGCUUUUUGAAAUUGGUUCUUGGAUAAGCACUGUUUCCUAUCUUCCUGCAUAAACUGCCAGGUUGGCUUCAAUAAUAUAGAAGCCAGCUCCAAGCCAACUCUGGGACAGAUUGGUACUAGUGCCUGUGUUUUAUUUUGUUUAGAUAUUUUAUCCCAUCUUCAUUAUUAUUUAUAAAUAACUCAAGGUGGCAACA